GCUGUGACGUCAUGUCGCUUGUAUGCCCUGGAAACGAACGCGGGAACGCGAGCCAAAGAAAAGAACCAAAGACACGGGGCACCCGUGCAAAACAGCUAGAGAAAUGUCCAGAAAACAUGAUCCUAUUCGUGCAAGCAACGCCAAAAAGGCAGCUAGUCAUGUAGAUACACGAACUACCGUCCAACUUGCAAAAUCUGCCAAAGACUCGGGGAAAAGUCAAAGCGAAACGAGCGUUUUCAGACGACCAAGGAAGAGAGUGGAUUCAUUCAGCCAUGCGAUUUAUGAAGCUGCUUCGAAAAUCUUCCUGCAUUUAAAAGGGGACGUACCAUCUUCACAGUUGCCUGUGUUCGACGAUGAUUUGGAAAGAAGGAGAGCUUACAGUAUGGCAUUUGGGGCUAAGAGAUACGAAUUGGUGUUAGAAGAUGUGCUUCUCGAUAGCUAUUUUUUCUCCAGUUUUUUUAAGAUGGAAACUUACCACAAACACAGAGUAUAUGUGAUGCUGUUUGACUACCAGCAAAAUGGAUUUUUCUUUGGUAAUGAGCGAAAGCAAAAGGAAGUCAGUGAAGAGGACAUACUUCCUGACAUUGCUGAAAUCCAGGCCGCACUUGCAUCGCACAGGACCAAGCUGCGUGCUGCUCUAGCGAGGUGUAGGAUACGUGAUUGUGCCAUCAGUGUAGAGGCUCUCCUACCCAUGGAAGAGCAAGAGAAGAUAAAAUAUGCCGCUGCACAACCUGUCUAUGCUAGGGUGAACACUCUCAAGUCAAGCCUGGAAGACGUGAUGGCGAGACUCCAGAAGGAUGGUUAUGUGUUAGAGGAGAAAAGCCCAGACUCUGAGGACCAACUUACAGGGAAAAACUUCAUAAGUGAUGAACAUUUUGAUAAUCUGUUGGUAUUCUCUGCAGAAGCUAAGUUUGAUUUACAUGGGAAUGAUUUGACCAAUGAAGGUUGCCUAGUUAUUCAGGACAAAUCAACUGUUAUAUCAGUUGAGGUUGUGAGAUCAUUUGUCAAUGAGAUAUCCUCACAGAAAGAGAAGGCCAACAUUUUGAUUCCUGGAGCAGAUAUGAAGAAAAUGCUUGGAGAUGGAGAUGACAUAAUUCAAACUCAUGUGGAGUCAGGGAACAUAACUGCCUACCUCUCCUCCGUCAUACAUCCCGACAGAACAGUGUUCACAUUUGGUGCCACACCUGACACUAAGGGUCAUCUACAAAACAAGAUGGAGAAGCUUGGGGCACGGAAUGUGACUUUUCUAGAAGAACAUUUCCUAGAUGCCAUUCCAAAUGAUGAACGUUUCCGCAAAGUCAAGAUUAUUGUUGUGAAUGUCCCCUGUUCAAAAACUGGUAUUGUUAACCCAGUGGACUUUGUACUACAAGAAGGCGUGUCUGCAUCCAUCAAGGAGCUAGCACGUGGUGGGCUGGACAAUAGCAAAAUUAGAGGGCUUGCCUUUCAGCAUUUAGGGGUCCUUAAACAUGCCAUGAGCUUCCCCCUUCUGCAAGGGAUUGUAUACAUCACUAGGUCCAUCCAUACAUGGGAAAAUAUUGAUGUUGUAAAAAAAGCAAUGGAAGAAAUAAGGGAAGCUGGAGGGAAGUUGGACAGUUACUAUGACUUGGCACCAGCACUUCCUAACUUGGCCAAGCACCUGGAAGCAAUUGGUGUAAGGCGUAAGGGGGAGGAUAUCUCUCUCACAUCGCAAGAACCUGGUCACAACUAUUUGAAGCUUGAGCCAUCAGCAGCAAUGAAUGGUGGUUUUGUUGCUCUCCUUACCAGAAAGAAACCGGUGGAGUCGCCUGCUGACGUGCUGGAGCGUGCUGCAAAGAAAGGACUCAUGAAACCCAAAGGCGGCAAAACACCGCGCGCACAAAGUCCAAAAUCCAAACGAGUCCCGAGCGCGCAAAGUAAACGCCCCCCAGUCCCUAAACAAGAACUGGAGAAACUCACAAUCACCGAUACUACGGAACCCGUAGUAUCCGAUACAGAGCUGGACUCAGCGGUGAAGGGCAAAACUGCUAGCAAAAAGAAGGCUCGACCACACGGAUCCGCGGACAGCGUCCCAGUCAAAACCCCGUCCAAGACGAAAGCACAGAAGAAGGCGGAGGAGAGAGCCGAGAAAGAGCACGAGGAACAUAUGCGUCAGUUCAAGUUUUAGCAUCGAAAUCGUAUUUUUGUAAAAAAAAAAAAAAAAAGAAAAGAAAAGAAAAGAAAGAAAAAGAAAAGAAAAGGGAAAAAAAAUUAGGCGUUGUUGGGUUAUGGUACCCUGGUUCCAGAGCCUCGGACGUCUCUAUUUAGUGGCCUUCGAGUAUCAAGCUUGUUGACCACUAAAUAGAGAGACGUUCGAGGCUCUGGAACCAGGGUAGGGUUAUAUUGAAAAUGAUAUUAUAUUAUAUUUAGAAACCUAUUUAUGAUUUUUAUAGUACUUCGACGCAUUUUCCUGUUAAUAGUUCGAGAUCUAGCAAAUAAGUACUUUAAGCAUAAGGUUUUUGCUGAAGACAGAAGGUUUCUAGUGCAGCACAGAAAAGGUAUUGAGUAUGGUAUCAGUAUGUAAAUUUGAUUAGGUUCGCUCUAUACGCAGGCGUCAUUCAGGUGGUGCGUCAUGAAAUGUUGAUUUGAAAAUACUAGAUAAGAUAAAUUGAUUUGUUAGUGCAGAAAUGAACGAUUUUAUGAGAUUGAGAUUAUAUGAAUAAAUGAAUUAGUUUUA